AUACAUUUUUGUAUGUUUUUGUUUUUAAUUGUGGGUUCUACGUAUCAUGUUCCAUGAAGUCAUCAGUGUAGCUUGUAGCGCCCUCUGUUGGUGAAAAUAAACGAUUGCUCUGGUAACCAGCAGACUACGUUGAUCGGGCUUUUUGCAGUGUAUGUGCGGGGUCUUUUGAACGCGUAAAACGGGGACAUUUCCGAAGACGUCUCGGGUUGGGAACAGGACAUCAAAAACCGGGGCUUUCCAGGAAAAAACUGGACGUCCGUUCAUCCUAGGUUAAAUAUUAUCCUACAUAUUUCACCAAGCUUCCGUCUUCUAAAUCUGGUCUGGAUAGGACACAUUUAAUCUCUUUCCCUGCUAAAUAUAUUCACUCUACAGGUUUUACCGACUGGUUUUACUUUGAAACAUGAAAAUUUUAAAUUCAGAUGAGUUAAAAAUAGCGGAGACCACUUUAUAUACACAUCUGCCUAAAUCCAUAAAGGUGUAUGGAUUUGUUUUCGCUAUGAACAGAGGGAAACCACACCAUUUGGAGGUGUUGGUGGAUACGUGGCCAGCUUUUACCAAUAUCAUUGUUCGACCAGAUCCAAAUAAUGACCGUGCAAAGGACUUUAUGAAGAAGGUGACUCUAUACAGCACAGAUGAAGAAGUCCUGAGAAGAAUGUUGACUGUGGAAAAUGCAAUUGACUGGAGCACAUACUUCCUAAUAGGAGGAUGUGAUCUUCGUCAUUCACUAAUGCUGAAGGAAAUUGCUGCUUCUCGGGGUGUUGGUAUGAAAGGGUUUUCCUUGGUGCACCUUAUGACAUUAACUGAGCCCAGUUAUUUACCUGAGCUCAUUACCAGUGACCUUGAGUCCAGAGUGUCUGUCCUCAAUGAGUCACAUGCUGAUGUAGUUAACAAGACUUGGAAGUUUGGAGGGGAUGACAAAGGUUACAGGAACAUCCUGAAUCUCAUCAGACAUUUCCCCACAUGCUGCAUUACAGAUGAGAGCAACCAGCCUGUGUCUUGGGUGCUGUUGUAUGAUUACUGUGCCAUGGGGAUGUUGUACACUCAGCCAGAGCAUCGUGGGAAGGGCUAUGCCAAAGCCCUGGUCACCACAAUGGCAAAGAAGCUCCAUUCUCAGGGCUAUCCUGUGUACGGUUUCAUUGAAGAAUGCAAUCAGCUUUCCUACAAACUUUUUAAAAGCUUGGGUUUUACAGAGGACCUCUCUUAUAGGGCUGCCUGGUAUGAAUUCAUUUGUUAGCCUGAAUACUCAUCAAUACUCCUGUUUGAUGACAAAAAAAAACUCCUUGGAAGUCAUCAUGAAAUCAAAAUGG